CGUUCACCCGCGCCAGCAAGCAAGAAAGAAGAAGAGGUCCCAGAAGAGAAAGCAAAAGCCUUGCUAUAGUCCCAACUCCCAACCUUUUUUCCCUCAGCUUUCCAAACAGCUCAGCUCCGCCCAAGGUAGAAAUCUGUUCUUCCUUACGGCAGCCACUCAAUCCAGCUCCACCUCACACCGAGACCAGCGAACCUUAAACCCUAAUUCUUGGCCUUGUGGCGUUCUUAACUACCUCGGAAAGUUCGAAAUGGACGAAAACGACUACGUUGCGGAUUCAAUGGACUCGACGCUGUGUGUUCCGGGCUCGAGGUUGCUUCGAACAGGGUUCACGCACACCAGUUGCACAGAUAAUCCGGUGAUAUUUGUAAAUGCUGGAGGUGACGCUCUAAAGGAAGAAGGAAAUCUUGGUUUUCAAGUUCAGCCCGACGGCUUUUUUCAUGGAGGAGAUGUUUUAAGAACUGAUGAAACUAUAACUGAGGGUGGUGAUAUACCAUCCCUUUAUCAAUCAGCUCGGGUAGGAAAUUUCUGUUACUUGUUCAACAGUCUAUGCCCUGGGGACUAUUUUGUUGAUCUUCAUUUUGCUGAAAUUAUAAACACAAAUGGUCCUAGAGGAAUGAGAGUAUUUGAUGUGUUCAUGCAAGAAGAAAAGGUUCUAUCCGAACUUGAUAUCUAUUCCAUUGUUGGAGCCAACAAGGCAUUGCAGCUGGUAGAUGUUAGAGUUUCUGUGGGGGAGGAUGGGACAAUGGUAAUGAAGUUUGAGGGAGUUAAUGGAAAUCCAAUGGUUAGUGGGAUUGGCAUAAAGAGGGCAGCUAAAUUACCUGCAUCCCAGGUUAAACAUGGAUACAUCAUAUGUAACAAUUGUGCUGCUGAGAUAGAAAUUUCAUCAGCCCAGAAUAAGUAUUUGAGAAUGAUAUCUACUGGCAAGUAUGAAAAGAAGAUAGAGGAGCUGAAGACACAGUGCCAGCUCAAGACAGAUGAAUGUCAUGAGGCGUGGAUGUCACUGACAGCUGCUAAUGAGGAGCUUCAGAAGGUUAGGAUGGAACUUGACAACAAGUUCCUUCAGAAUCAUUAUUUAGAUAAGGCAAUGGAAAAGCAAGCAGCAAAUUUGAGGGAUAUUUGUAGUAGAUAUGAACGUGAUAAGAGGCUGUGGGCUGCUGUUGUUGAUGACUUAGAAAAGAAAGUUAAGACCAUGAAACAAGAGCAUUAUCAUCUAUCUCUUGAGGCAUACCAGUGUUCUACUUCUAUUCCUGAAUUGAACAAAAUGGUAUUUGCAGUUCAAGCGCUAGUUGGACAGUGUGACGAUCUUAAAUUGAAGUUCAGUGAGGAGCAGGCGAAAAGAAAGAUGCUCUAUAACCAGAUACAGGAAGCAAAAGGGAACAUCAGGGUCUUUUGUAGGUGCCGGCCUUUGAGGAAGGAUGAGAUAUCAGCUGGGAAUGCAACAAUUAUUGAUUUUGAGGCUGCUAAGGAUGGAGAACUUGGGAUACUUACUGGUGGGUCGACAAAGAAGAUCUUCAGGUUUGACCGAGUUUAUACCCCGAAGGAUGAUCAAGUUGACGUAUUUGCGGAUGCUUCACCGAUGGUAGCUUCGGUGUUGGAUGGCUUCAACGUCUGUAUAUUUGCAUUCGGGCAAACAGGGACAGGAAAAACAUUCACAAUGGAAGGCUCGGAGCAGGACCGAGGAGUCAAUUACAGAACCUUGGAGCAGUUGUUCAAAAUUGCUCAGGAAAGAAAAGAAACUUUCACAUACAGCAUAUCUGUUAGUGUGCUUGAAGUCUACAAUGAGCAAAUCAGGGACUUGCUUGCCUCUGCUCCAACAUCAAAGAAGUUGGAGAUAAGGCAAGCUUCUGAAGGGGUUCAUCAUGUGCCAGGAAUUGUUAAAGCCACAGUUGAGAACAUCAAAGAGGUCUGGAGUGUUCUGCAAACUGGAAGCAAUGCAAGGGCUAUAGGAUCAAACAACGUGAAUGAACACAGUAGCCGAUCCCAUUGCAUCCUCUGCAUAAUGGUAAGAGCAAAGAAUUUGAUGAAUGGUGAGUGCACCAAGAGCAAUCUAUGGCUUGUGGACUUGGCUGGCAGUGAGAGGCUAGCAAAAACCGAUGUGCAAGGGGAACGUCUCAAGGAAGCUCAAAACAUCAAUAGAUCUCUUUCAGCUCUUGGGGAUGUGAUUUCUGCUUUGGCAUCCAAAAGCAGCCAUAUUCCAUACAGGAACUCUAAACUCACACAUUUACUUCAAGACUCCUUAGGGGGUGAUUCUAAGACACUGAUGUUUGUGCAAAUCAGCCCUUUGGAGCAGGACCUAGGUGAGACUCUAAGUUCAUUAAAUUUUGCAACUCGGGUUCGAGGUGUGGAGUUGGGUCCUGCAAGGAAGCAGACUGAUAUGGGCGAGCUUCAAAAGCUGAGAAUGAUGCUUGAUAAAGCAAAGCAAGAAUUGAGAUUGAAAGAUGAUGCUUUGCGGAAGUUAGAAGAGAACUCGAACAAUUUAGAAGGUAAGGCCAAAAGCAAGGAUCAGCUUUACAGAAGUCAACAAGAAAAGGUGAGUGAACUUGAAGGGCAGAUUGCAUCAAAGACAGAGUUAUGCAGACAGCUGGAGAAGCAGUUCUUUCAACUUUCAGAAGGAGUGAAGGCAAAGGAGGAAAUUUGCUUUAAUCUUCAGCAGAAGGUGAAGGAGCUCGAGAACAAGCUCAAAGGGCAGGAGCAUGCAGAGUCAAUGACUCUUCAGCACAAGAUGAAGGAACUUGAGAACAAGCUGAAAGAUAGAACACAAGAAUUUGAGCGUCAUUCCUCAAUGCUACAACGAAAGGCCAAUGAACUCGAAAACAAGCUGGCAAUGGAAAAAGGCAACCAAGGAUUUCAAAUGCUUCAACGAAAGAUCAAAGAUCUUGAAGAGAAGUUGAGAAGGCAAGAACAGGAAGAGCGCGUGAUACAAGCGUGUUCUGCAGAGAAGUCAGGACCCACCCCCACUGAAACAAAAGCCUGGUCAAGAGUGCAAACUCUUGGUGAAAUUGAUUCCCCAUGUCUGAGGAACUUAAACUCCGUAAACCGAACAAUUAACCAGGAGUCAGCCUUGCUCAAAGGAACCGACACUCUCCACAAGAUAAGGAGAAGGAGAGAGCUCCAAAGCAUAGGGACUGAGAACAAUUUUAUAUUGUCGAGUCCUCCGCUUAAUCAGAGGAUAUUGUCAAGUGAACCAAACAAGGCCAAGAAUAUCGAUCAAUUCAAAGCAUUGUCAAGGCUUACAAGAAGUACAAAAACAGACACUACUGGCCAUAGAGCAUUUUCUGGCAACAAACCUUAUAAAUAUCAACUACCAGGGAUCAAGGAGAAAGACAAUAAGUCAAAAAUUUGGCUGAGAUAGAAGCAAAUGCAUUUUCAAUUCGUUGCACUUUAAUCUUUGUUAAAUUCAGCUUCUAGCUUAUUCUUGUGCUCCCCAUUUUAUGUUUGUUAUGAAUGUCAGAGUAUAAAUGUCCACGAGAUAUCAAAACUGGGAUCAAUGAAUACAUUAGAUUUUCCCCCUUUUCUGUGUUUUAUUUUUUGGAUGGUAUAUUUCAAGAGCCAUAUUGAUGCUUAAGAACUUUCAC